AUGGCGGAGCAAAACAUGGAAAAGGGAAUGGCUAUAUUUCUCGAUGUUUUUCGCCGAGCAGACAGAAAUGAUGAUGGUGCCAUAUCCUGGGAAGAAUUUCUUGCAUUCUUUGCUGAUGGAGUCAUGGGGAAACAAGAACUUAAGUCACUAUUUGAGGAAAUUGAUACUCAUAAUACAAAUAAUAUUGAUACAGAAGAGUUAUGUGCUUACUUCUCUCAACACCUUGGAGCAUUUAAAGACAUUUAUGCUGUUCUUGAUGAUCUGAAUUCCAAUAUGACAAGUGUAUUGUUUUCUACUUCUCAAACUUAUAAAGAGUCCUCAAGAAAUGAACAAUUUGUCACCAGAUUUCUUCUGCAUGAAAUCUUAAAUCAAUUUUGCGCUGUGCAGCGUGCAAUGGAGAAUGCUUCUGAUGCUCUUGAUGAACAAGCAAGGGAACAGAAUGAAGAUAUUGUUCCAGUAAUGUUGGAUACUCCUCCAAAGGUUGCAAGUUCUGUUAUUCCUGGACGUGUUGCCCGAAGAGCUAGACGCCAGAUGUCAAUGCCAAAUCCUUCUUCAGGCACUACUGUUGCUGACAUUGAAAUUGGUGGAAUUCCUCCUCAAGUAUCUCUAUCUACUCAAGUAUACCGUCUCUCAAGCUUAGUGGAUAGAUUGGAAAAUCGAAUAAAUUUUGAUGGGUUUGUUGAUGAGGAAGUUGACGUACAAGAAGAUGGAGAGAUACUUUUGCUUCAGAGAAACUUUUUUAUUAAACCUAAUUCCAAAGAAGAUUUUAAAGACAAAAUGAGAAACUAUAUUGAAGCCCUCCACAAGAUAUCUGGUUGUUUAAAUUCUAGUGUACGCACAUAUAAAAACACUGGCAAAUUGACAUUAUAUGAAGUGUGGAGCUCAGAAUUCCAACAAACACGAUUUGGGGAAAGUGCUGAAUGGAGAAAUUUUGAGGAACAAAUAUCUGAUUUAUUGGAAGAUAAAAUUGAAAUAAAAACCAUGAAUAUACCAGCUUAUUGGUGGCAGAAGAGUUUCUGA